GUUCAAACAUAUGGGAAAACUAUCAACUUUUAUUUCAAUACAUUUACUCUCAUGUUUCAAUGUUUGUUUGGUAGUGCCCUACCUGUGAUGUGACACCUUUGCUGAGCGGCCUUAUAAGUUUGUUCUCAAAUCGUGUGAGGCUCCAUGUUGUGGGAAGUUCUACGUCUGUCGACUGUGCCACGAUGCUGAAGAAAACCAUCAGAUGGAUCGCUUCCAGGUUAAAGAGGUGAAAUGCUCUGUGUGUAACACAGUCCAAAAGGCACAGCAAGUAUGCAAGGAGUGCAAUGUGAAAUUCGGGGAUUACUACUGUGAUGUCUGUCACUUGUUUGACAAGGAUAAGAAACAGUACCACUGUCAGCCUUGCGGGAUAUGUCGGAUUGGCCCCCGAGAGAAGUACUUCCAUUGUACAAAGUGUAAUCUAUGCUUGGUUAGCGAUCUUCAAGGGAAUCACAAGUGUGUUGAAAAUGUUUCACGACAGAACUGCCCUGUGUGCAUGGAGGAUAUUCACACCUCCCGGAUAGGAGCUCAUGUUCUUCGUUGUGGUCACCUUCUACACAAAACCUGUUUUGAAGACAUGUGUAAAACUGGUGCGUACCGCUGCCCCCUCUGCAUGCGCUCUGCUUGGAACAUGGAUGAAUACUGGGGGGACAUGGAUAAAGAGAUCUCUCAGACCCCCAUGCCAAGCGAGUACCAGGAUGCCACUGUCAAGAUCAUUUGUAACGACUGCCAGUGUCACUGCACGGUGCCCUUCCAUGUCCUCGGGAUGAAAUGCAGCAACUGCGGCUCCUACAACACCGCACAGGACGGGGGACUGGAGCCACCCCCGGCCCCCCCUGCCCCACAGUGACCCGAGCAGAGCACCCCCC